UGUUGGUCAGCCGGCUCGAUUCCUUGCGGUUAUUUUGAGCUGUUUGUUGUGUCUGCCAAUGCAGCCAAGUUACGAGCUCAGACGCGCUGAACGUAGCGAUGCGCGCCCAUCAGCGAUAACACGCACAAGCCAGGGUUUGUUGCUCUUGGUUUUGUUACAUUCUUUCGAGCUCCUCAGUUUGGCGCUGCACUUUGCUUGGCUUUCAUCCGAAAUGACGGUAUUCGCAAUGAACCACGUCGUCUUUGCAGAAAACAUUAAAUAACUCUGCAAUAAAAGGACCCUUUCACCCGUGCAAUUUUCUAGUUUUUUCCGCGAAUUUUCAUUCAUCGCGAUUGUCCGUGCAGGUGCAAUGCAGUCGAGAUUACGUUACGCGUACAGAGGUCUGGUCGUCCCGGUGUUUACGCCCUUCAAAAACGACAGCAAAAGGACCGUCAAUGCUAGCCUGAUACCGCGGUAUUCCGAUUACCUGAGAUCCAAAUCGAUAACCGGUGUACUAGUAAAUGGCACAACAGGCGAGGGAAUGACAAUGACGGUAGGCGAGAGAAAAAAGGUAGCGGAGGCCUGGUCAGCAGCUGCCAAGAUCAACGACCAACACCUUGUAGUUCAGAUCGGGGGUACCAAUCUAGCUGACGUUAAAGAUCUCGCGAGUCACGCCGAAUCUUUGGGUGUGAGUGCCAUUUUGAGUUUACCGGAAUUGUACUACAAGCCCAGCUCCGUGGAUCAAUUGUUCGAUUACUUGACCGAGAUAAGUGACGCGGCACCCAAAACUCCCCUGCUCUACUAUCACUUUCCCAACAUGUCCAAAGUAUCGAUACACAUGGGCAGAUUUUUGGAAUCUAUUGGCGACAGGAUACCAACCCUGGUGGGCAUCAAAUUCACAAGUACAAAUCUGGAGGAAGCUUCGCACGCCGUUCAAGCCGACAAUCGACGCUUCACCAUCUUCCUCGGCAGCAACGAGAUAAUACCUGCAGCGAGUGUCGUGGGAAUCGAAUCGUUCAUGCCGAGCACUGCCAAUUUGUUUCCAGAGCUCGUUCGGGCCAUUAUCGAGCACAGCAGGGAUGGCGACUACAAGAACGCGAAAGCGAAGCAGGAGACGCUGUUGCAGGUCUUCAAGGGUCUAGCUCGGCUGGGUAACCCUAUAGUGUGUAUGAAAGCAGCCAUGGCCCAGUUGAGUCCCAUUGAAGUUGGACCGUCGCGAGAACCACUGGGGGCCAUUAACGAACUCGGCCAAAAUCAAAUUAACAGUUUGUUGCACAAGUUCAAGUCCGCAAACUUUUAGGAAAACUCACUUUGUAUUUCAUGUAUACCCAUGUGACUUUUAUAUUGUUCAAUAAUUAAGAUUUGUUAUUCACAA